AUGUCUCUAACAUGCAAUGCCGACUUUUUUUCUCACCAAUACGAUCCAAAGCGAGUAAACCCGAACUUUGAAUUUUUAAUUCAAAUAAUUCAAUCAAUAUACGAACCGUUGGUGGUAUCAUCGGAUGAGUCAUCGUGUGCGAUUUCGUGUGAUUUUCUGCAAGAAUUUAAUGGCUUGAAUCAGCCAGAACAACUUCGAUUAUUCUCAAAAAUCAGGAAUUUACAUGAACUCUGGAUGUUCUUAGCAUUGAACCCAACAUCAUACGAUUGUGAAACAUUUUUCCAGGAAUUUUAUCAAUUAACGUCCAAGUUUCUGUCAGUGAAGCAGCAUUUGUCUUUCCAUUGCGAAGAUUUUCUACUAACAUUGGGUGUUUCAUACGAUGAUAAAUUAAGAUACAAUUGCUUUCAAAUUGUAGCUUUGUUAAUCAAUGAUCCUCAUCCGCAAAGUAAAGAAACGUUAAGAAAAUUGGAUCGUAUGUGCUAUGAAUGUUUAUACGAUUUUCAUGUUUAUUAUGAGCAAAUCAAAAAUUUCACAAUUGAAUCUCGAAUAAUUGAUCUGACGAAAGAAGAUGUUCGACAAUUAAUUGAUGGAAAAGCGAUUCGAAGCGAUCUCGAAGAAAAAAUCAGUGAUGCAAUUACUGAACUAGGCGGACUCGUGUUUUUCAAAAUGCAUCGAAGUCCGAAAGAUGCUUAUCAAAGUCUAUGUAAAGAAAUCGAUAAUGAAUGGAUUCAGAUCUGGAAGCUCAACUCGGACGAAGAUCCUCAGAUUCAUUUCAUGAAAAUUCAAAAUUGUGAUCAAUUGAAAUUGCUCUUCAAGAACAGUUCUCGUCUUCGCGAAGAUUUCAACGAUGAUUCUCUAAAUGAAAAACUUGUUUUACGCAAGUGGAUCGAUGCUCUUCCUCCUGAAUUCCGAUGUUUCGUUUGUCACGGACAACUAAAUGCCGUUUCAUCACAAGGAUCUCAUCAACAUAAUGAACAUGAAUAUCAAGAAUUUUUCAACUCAUCGUAUUUUCACGAUAUCAUUCGAUGUAUUCCAUAUUCUCAUGCGGUAAUCGAUUGUGCAGUUAACGUACAGAAUCACCAGGUGAUCAUCAUUGAAAUCAAUCCAUUCAGCAAACGAUCAUCGGCAGGAAAAUAUUCAUGGAUUCUUGACCGGGACAUUCUCUAUAACCACUACAACAAUCAUCAAUCGACAAACAUUCGCGUGUAA